UCUAGGCAGCUCAUGAAUCUAAGGCUGAACUAUCAAAAAAAAAAAUCGUUUGUGUAGGCGAAAAAUUUCGGACAGCUUCGUCGAAAUUGAUUUGUAUUCAGCUGGGCAUGUCAAGAUAUCGCUAUGGUGAUCUAAUACUAGAGGCCUUUAUGGAGUUCCGGCGCCCAAUGGCUCUCGAAGAAGUGGUGGAAUAUGUGGCCGAGAUGGCGGACAGAUCGAUUGUCGAGGUGCGUCUGCCCGUGGACAAUACACUGACAGCUGCCUGGCUGCAUGGAUUUGUACAGCGGGACAAUGAUCUCUAUUCGCUGGUGGAGGACGUGAGGCCUCCGCCUGGUGGCACCGAUCGCAGGACUCGCACCAAUAGUUACACAAGCUACAGGAACAGACACAACUGAAUGCCAGCAGCAGGCGUUGGGAUUUUUUAGUUCGGUUGAGAUGUUAAACUGGUAUUGAAGAAAUUUAGACUCUGAGUUUGAUUGUGGAUCCACAGACUUGCCAAGAUCGAAUUUAAGGCUUCUCGAUUUCACGGGAUUUCUUUAUGCUGACACAUUCUUUAAGGGUAUAAGACGACACUCUCAAUUCCAGGCCGAAGACAAAAUAAUUGUUGGUAGAAUAUUUAAUCUAAGGCAAAAAUCGUAUUUGAACAACUCCAAAAUUGUUCGAGAAAAAACGAACGAAAAAAUAUCAAAACCUUUUAUAAAGUUGCACUUUGAUUCCUUUCAAAUUACCAGGCCUUAAAUACAAUUGUGUUUAUAUACUAAAGCGCAAGACGCUUCAUUUCAAAA